AUGUUACUCAAAAAGGCAAUCCAGUUGGUGAAGAAAAAAAGCAUUUUUGGAACUUCUCAAUCGCCAAAACCUAUUGCCACUUCUUUUGGAUCCAUGACUACAACCAGCUCUACAAAACCCAAAUUCAUAAACACCACUACAAUUACAGAAACCGUUGAACUGCAAACUUCAGCCGAUCAAGUUUAUGAAACUUUACUGGAUCCAGAUCGCGUUGCUGCUUGA